AUGUUCAUAUUUACCAUAGUAACCAGCUUUACCCCAGCAAUAGUUUUUUUUGGCCCUACAUUUUAUCCCGUUGUCAUGGAAACGCCAAAAAAGGUAAUAGGUUUUCAUCUUAGUAAAGCAAGUCUAUCUUUUCUUUUUCUCGUUUUGAUUUCUUAUAUAUUGAUGGCAUCGAAGACUGUGGAUUUCUGUAAAAGAACCCGUCUGGAUGAAGAUGAGCUGCUGAAGAUAUAUUUGCUACCGUAUUCGCAAGUAACUUUCAUCAGACCGCUGCCUUUACCGCCAUACUUCAAAAACUUUCAAUUGAACAAUAGCAAUUUGUUUCCACCUAUGUCGACUUUAUAUAACCGUCUGUUCUUUAAACUUUCACAAAAUAGCAAGCAAGUACCAGGGAGACUCAAACAAAUAUACAGCGCCUACCUAGUGUGUGGUUUAGCAUUACCAUUUGCUUGCCCUGCGUACAACUCAUAUCGAUAUUAUCAAAAUCGUAUUUGCCAGGAGCAGCAAUUUUCCACUAGUUAUUCUUUAUAA